AUGACAGAAGUAUCCUUUGCAAAGAGUUUCCUGGGCACUCUCGACAACAAGCCUACCAAGUACCAACCGAACCAUAUCUUCGACCCUGCUACCUUUGGUAUAAGGAUACCUUACACACUACCCAAACUACCCACCCCUCAACACCCACCACCACCCAAACCACAACAUGACCUCAGCCAAACCACAACACCAGCACCAGGCGCCGAGCCAGCAACCUCAACCACAAACGCCCUAAACAUCGUGCUGAAAUCGUCGCGAAACCCAGCCAUGACUCUCUCCCUCCCAUCCACACCUCCAUCCACGACAAUCGCAUCUCUCCGCCAGCAGAUCCAGGACUACCUCGGCGGCUCGUCCGUGGUAUCCAGUACCGAUAAGAUCAAAAUCCUACACAACAAGAAACCGAUACCUGCGUCGAAACAGACCGUAGGCGACAUAGUUGGCGCAGAUGCAGCGGUCAAGGACCUGGAACUAGGCGUGAUGGUCAUGGGAGGUGCGCCAGAUCCAGCUCCGCAAGACACAACAGCAGGUACGACGACAGCCAUCAAAGCUCAUCAGCCUGAACCUGCUGGCCCAGGUAGCGAGAACGCUGCUGUUGAAGCGGAGACUGGACUGAAUCCUGAGGAGGCCAUUACGAGCACGGCUGCGGAUCCUAUGGAGGUAGAUCAGUCGACGAGUAAGGGGAGGUCAGAGUCGCAGAGUCAGCCUGUGCAGCCCGGAGAGGACUCUGGGAAUGAUGUCUUACAAACGCCGGAGUUCUGGAGUGAUCUUGAGGGCUUUUUGGCGCAGAGGAUACGAAAUCAGGAGGAAGCUAGCAGGUUAAGAGGCUUGUUCGAGAGAGCUUGGAGAAGUAGUAGUGCUGCGCCUUAG